AUGGGUACGCAACUGUCAUUACUGGCGCAAACGACACCAUCCAUUGGUAUUUCCUCGUAUAUCGAUGUCUUAGAAGAAGUCCAUUACAUUUCACAGUUAAAUUCUUCAAAAUUUUUGAAAACAUGUAAAGCGCUAGAUCCUAAUGGUGAAAUCAUCAUUAAAGUGUUUAUUAAACCUACUGAGGAUUACAAGCUAGACGGAGUAUUAGAUUUAGUCAACUCAGAGGCAUUACUGCUCAGUCAAUUGCCAAAUGUUUUGAAUUACAGUAAAGUUAUUGAAUCGAACAGAGCUGUUUAUUUGAUACGACAACAUUUGCAUAGAAGUUUAUACGAAAGACUCAGCUCUAGACCAUAUUUGCAACUCAUAGAGCAGAAAUUUAUUGCAUUCCAAUUAUUAAAUUGUCUGAAAGACAUCCACAGUCUCAACGUGACACAUGGUGAUAUAAAAACUGAAAAUAUCCUGGUGAACAGCUGGUCUUGGGUGAGUCUAUCAGACUUUGCCUCUCAAAUUAAACCUGUUUACUUACCGGAAGAUAAUCCCGGUGAAUACUCAUUUUAUUUUGAUACUUCCAAGAGAAGAAUAUGUUACGUUGCGCCUGAAAGAUUUGAUUCAAAACUAAAUGAAUUACAGAAAAGUAAAAGAUUUAAAGUAACGAAAGAGAUGGAUAUAUUUUCAAUGGGUUGUUGUAUUGCAGAGCUUUUCGCAGAGGAUGAUCCUAUUUUCAAUUUAUCUCAAUUAUUCAAAUAUAAAGCUGGCGAUUAUAAAAUCAUAGAAUAUUUAGAUGCACAUUUCGAAUCUGAUGAAAUGAAAAAUUUAAUAAGGGAUAUGGUUGAUUUAAAUCCUAAGAAAAGAUUAACUGCGUCACAAUUAUUGGAUAAGUAUCGUGGUAAUUUUUUCCCCGAUUACUUCUAUUCAUUCACUUACGAUUAUUUGAGAACCCUGGCCAGUUUAGGCACAAAUAUCCCGAGUGCAGGUAAUAUAUGCGUUCAUACUACCCUCAAAGAAAAUGUUACAGUUCUUGACGAGGCUAUUACAAAGAUAUAUAAUGACUUCCCAAAGAUAUGUGGGUCAUUAGAGCUUCCUUUAAUUGAGUCAAGAAAUGACACUGAGAGAGAUCAAAAAUUAUUUGUUACUCCUGAAAUUCAUCUCUUAAAUAAUUAUUCCCUAAAGUUACAGCCAUUUCAAAAUCAUUCAAAAGUUCAAGCUGUUAAUAAAGAAUGUAUGAUUUUCUUGACUUCUUAUUUAUGUCAUGCGCUGAGAAAUAUAAGGACUAAUGAUUCCAAAAUAAAAUGUCUCGAAUUAUUGACUUGUUUAUCUCAAUUUGUAUCCGAUAAAAACAAAUUAAACAGAAUUGUACCAUAUUUACUAACUUAUUUUGAAGCUACUGGAAACGCUAAUGCACAGGCACUUAGUGUACAAUGUCUAUGUCAAGUACUUACUGUUAUUGAAGAAGUAGAUCAGUUGAAUGAAAAUAUAUUCAUUGACUAUUUACUGCCUCAAUUGAAGAAGCUCCUAAUUCGUUGUAGAAACGAACCGUAUGUUCGUAUUGUUGUAGCGAACUGUUUAGGAAAUUUAGUAGAAAUUGCUGGGAAAUUUCAGGAGCUAUCCUUAUAUAGCAGUGCAACAAAUGAACAAGAUAGACUAUAUCUCCAAAAUGGAGCCGAUGACAAGAGAAGAUAUAUAAAGAGACUAUCAAAUAUUGUCGAUAAACUAGUUGUGAGCUUACUAACAGAUAAUGAAGUUUGGGUAAAAAUAGCAUUGCUGGACAAUAUCCUGCCACUGUGUAAAUUUUUUGGUAAAGAAAGAACAAAUGACAUUAUUUUGAGUCAUUUGAUUACAUAUUUGAAUGACAAAAAUCCAUUUUUAAGAAUGGUAUUGGUGGAGGUGCUUCCAGCAAUUGCGAUUUUACUCGGUCCAAUCACCUUGCAACAGUACAUAUUACCACUACUGAUCCAAACAUUAACGGAUACAGAAGAGGCUGUUGUCACUGCAGUCCUACAAAGUAUCAAAGAUCUUUGUAAAACUGGUCUAAUCGAGACACAGGUAUCUUAUGACAUAGCAAUGGUGAUCUCUCCUUUAAUUUUACAUCCAAACUAUUCGAUAAGACAAAUGACACUCAUGAUUAUCUACGAAAUAUCGCAAAAACUCACUAAAGCUGAAAUUUAUUGUUCUCUAUACCCAAUUAUUAAAGAAUUUUUUGAUUUUGAUGUUGUUUUCACUUUGGAAGUCCUUUUGUCCUCAGCCAAAAAGCCCAUUUCCCGAACGAUACUUAAUCUUCUUUGUAGUUGGUCUUCAAGAGCUUCAAAUUCUUUAUUUUGGCAGCAAAUACCAAACAAGCACGUUGAUUCCGUUGGAAAUACUCAGAUCAACUUUAUUUCGAAAGAUUAUUCGUCAAGAAGUUAUGGCUUCAACAAUACAAAUAGCCUUCUUUCAAAGGCAUCUACAAAUGUCCCCCAACUUUUCAAUAAACAAGAAGUGCCUUUAACCACUGAAGAUAAAAUAUGGAUUGAGAAAUUUAAGACUGUCGGAUUGGCAGAUGUAGAUUUAUGGAAAAUUACGGCUCUAAGAGCAUAUGUAACCAGAAUAACAACUAACCCAAGGAGAAGGCCAGAUACGUCAUUUUCUAUCGAUGGUAAUGAUAAAAAUCAGCUCUCUUUAAGCACAUUUAACAUUCUACCAAGGACAGUCUUUUUUGAAAUAGAUUUUGUGGAAGAGAGAACUCAACAAUCAAUCGAUAAUUCAAAUAUGGAUAAGGCUAAAGCUAACAAAAAAAUGUUUGGACUCCCUCCAGUCACGGCUUUGCAUGGCUCUCUAAUUUUCAAGGCAAAGUCGAUGGCAACCACCAUACAAAAUCUCAAGAAUGUUUAUGUUCAAUUAGAGCCGUCACUUUCGCAUAAAGGCUCACUAAAUCAUAUCAAAGAAGGAGUACCUUUCGAAAAACGAGAAUUUAUUGUACGAAAUAGCUAUGAAGGAGAUAACGACACUAUAAAACAUUUCUUAAAUAACGUAGAAAUUUUUCCAACUUUGAAAGAAUAUAAAGAGUUUGGUACAGUCACUACGGCAAUGAAAGAUACCGAUAUACUCAAAAACAUUAGGGGGCAUUUAAUAGGGAAUCUUACCAAGAAUUCAAGAAAUGUUCUUACAAAUGUCAUAACUUCAUUUCAUGAUAGGCCUUUUCUUAUUAGUGCAACUAUUCAAGGAACAGUCAGUAUUUGGGACGUUAAAUGCAUUGUUCAAGGAUUACAAUUUGAUCCAAAUAUCACUCACGACUGUCAAUCUCCAAUAACUGAUAUCGUAAUGAUCCCAGGUUACGACACUUUUGCCAUUACGUUGAAGGACGGGAGUGUUCUCGCUAUGAGAGUAUCCUAUAGCGCUAUAGAUGGAAAGAGAAAAUAUACUCAUCUUCAACCGAUAAGAAAGAUGAAUAUAAAUGCCAAAUUACCAGACACAUCAAUUGAGGAUUACAUUACCAAGAUUAAAACAUUCAUUACGGAUGAUAAGUCCCUCCUUAUUGGUCUAACAAGCUUAUCAAACAUAUUAUUAAUUGACUUACGUUAUAUGGAAAUUAUCAACACAAUUCAGAAUCCAAUGUCACAUGGGGCAAUUACAUCUUUCACCAUUGAUGAAGAGAGUUAUACCCUGAUUUUGGGAACAACCAAAGGAAUCGUUGACGUUUGGGACUUGAGGUUCAAGAUACUGAUCAAUUCCUGGGCAUUUGGCGACAAUAUUCCUAUUUUAGACAUUCAUAUAUGUCCUUACCUUUCAAAAAAUUGUGUUCUCGUUAUGGGAGGGUCAUCAGAGGCACCUAUAACAAUUUGGAAUUUUGCAAAAAUUCAAUGUAGAAACGCAAUUAUCUUUUCUGAUAAACAGCCUUCAGCUGAUGUCUUCUCUCCUUUGAAGAAGAAAUUAUGUGAUAUCCAAUAUUCUGCUGUACAUAAACAACGAGUAUCUGCAGUGUAUGUAAAUGGCCACACUGCACUUGUGGCAGACCAAGAAACCAGUGAUUUAUUCAUGGUUGAUUUAAAAUCCUUAUCAAAAUCAAGAGUACUAAUAAACUCGAGCCACAUGAACUAUUCUUUUGCUACGGUUCAAGCUACUGCUAAUAUGUCUUUUUUGCUCAUUAAAAAUGUCUCUUCGGGCGUGAAUCAGUUGGCAAAGGCGCAAAAUAACAACAUUAACACACUAACUGCGGCAAGAGUUGAUGAUAAAUCCGUCAUAUUUGCAGCAGAUAGUGUGGGUAUGAUCAAAAUCUUCGAGUAG